UUCAAAAAUGUGUAACGGUCGCUUAAUGUUUGGUGUUUGAAAACAAGUACAAAAGUGCCCUAAUAAAAUGUUUCACAUCAAUUUUGUAAUACCACAAAACAAGAAUGAACUAUUAAGCGACAACGAUCGCCAAUAUUACGUACGUAACGUUAUCAGUACCAGAGAAAUUCAACUGAAAUUACGAGAGGCCAAACAGUGUCUAAAAGAUGAAGGACCCGAAUUUAUUUUCGACAACUUCGACACUUACUACUCCAUACUACACCAUGCAGAUUCGUUAGAUAUGGAAAUCAUCAUCAAAUCGUACGAGGUGUUGCAAAAAGCCAUGCAAGAACUAAACAAUAAUCUUAACUUCCUACUGCAAGACAAGGACAAUUUGAACGAAGAAUUUAACUCGAAAUACGUCAACGUUCUUAAAAUGCUCGUUUACGUGUACAGCCAGACCGUUAUCUUGGUGGAACAAAAGCUGGAAUCGAAACGGUCACAGACCCUCCAACAGAAGGGACGUCAACGUAAAAAGCAGCCGUCUCUCGAUUGUUACGAUUUCGACAAAAAGCUCGUGUUAGUUACGCUUAGCAACGUCGUGCAGCACGAAAUCAAUCUUUUUUGGGACCCGCCCGUUGUGGAGGACACGUUUAUUACCUUGGUCGCCGAGGUGUGCUAUCGUUUCCUCGAAAGUUCGACGAUCAAAUCUGAGAAGGAGGUGUGCACCGAGCUGCUGAGCACGUUGGGCGUGCUGAUCAAGUCGUACAAUCACGGCAUGACGUUCGUCGUGCGCAUCGUGCAGCUGAUAAAGAUACACGACUUUCUCAGCCACUGCGUUCCGCAGGGGAUACAGCUGCUCGUCAAGAAUUAUCACUGUAAGAGUCUGAUUCGCGAUUUCGUCCAGGAGAUAACCGAGUGGCAGACGGAUGAGAAGUUUCAGGAUUUACAGGGUGGACGUAAUUGCGCAGCCGUUCUGUUCGAAAUGGCGAACCUAAUGCCCGACCUGAUGAUUCCCGAAGUGAUGUAUUUGACCCGUUAUCUGGCACACGAGUCGUACACGUUGCGCAAUUCCGUUUUGCACGUAAUAACGGAGGUCGUCCUAAACGUUCUCACCAAAAACAAUUUAACCGAGGAGCAGCGCGAAAGUCGCGACGAAUUUCUCUCGAUACUAAUGGAUCAUAUUCGCGAUACGUCCGCUUUGGUCAGGACGAAGGUUUUCCAACACUGGUCCCGUUUGCAGCAGGAGAACGCCAUCCCCGUGAAGAUUCAGAGCGAGGUUCUGUCGCGCGCGGUGAUGCACCUGCGCGAUAAGGCGGCGAACGUUCGCAAGACCGCCGCCAGUUGCGUCACCACGUUUCUCUCCCACAACAUCUACUCGUCAAGCUUGCAACUGGACAAAAUUCAAAAACAGCUCGAGAUUGACACCGAAAACUUGAAAAAUUUGAAAGCGAAGCUCGAGGAUAGUCACGUGAGUAAGAUCAACGAGUUGACGGAGCAGUGGAAUUCGAAGGAGGCUGAUCUGAUUGCUGUCAUAACCGAGCAGCUGCAAGACGAAGAGUUAAUGGCGGAACGCAAAAGUUCGCAGGUUUCCGAAAGGCACCUCCCCGAUUUGAUACGCAUGUAUGUGCUCGAUAACAAGUUUAAGGAGGCCUUUGAGAUUUGCUGGGCUGCUGAUGCGUUACCGGAAUGGGAGGAAAUGAAAGAUGCCAUAGACGAGGGGGAGAAGGUGCAGAUGUUCGCAACUUUAAUACGCACAAUUUUCAUGGACAUAACGUCGCUUAAUCCCGACGAGAAUUCAACCGCCGUCGUCACCGAAUCGGAUCUAGCGCAGCUGGUGGCUCUGGAAACGAGCGUCGAGUUCUUAACGCGCACCGCCGAUUUUCUGCGGUUGAUCGAUAGCGCGAUCAAACCGAUGAGCGAUUUGCUCGAGUCGGCUUCGGUGAGCGACAUGCAGGAAGCGAUCGAAUUUUUCGUAACCGCAUACAAGUUCAACAUCAACAACGCCCUCUUUGGCGUCCUAGAAAUGCUGAAGAUCAUGCAGAGGAACGAGCAAGAACGUAAGGACCACGUCAUUGACGCUUUCAAAUCAAUAUACCUAACGACGGAUUCCACGACCAUGAGGGAGCACACGACGAUAAUCGUCGAACGUCUGAUUAACCUUCUCAAAAUCGUCCCGUACCGAAACUACCAAGAUCUAACCUUGAUCAUAGCCGAGUGGGUCUCGAAGUCGAUCCUCGACAACAGCAUCAUCGACCAGCUGUGGCAGUACUUUACGAAGAAGGCGGACGUUAGCGACGAGCACGCGCGCGCCGCCCUCACUCUGCUAACGAUGGCGACGAUGGGACGCCGCACGAUCGGAUCGAAGAACAUCAGGCUCGUGGCGGCGGUGGGUUUCGGACCGCGCGCCGAAAACGACAUACUGCUCUUGAAGGGGGCGUGCGAGUUUCUGCAGCAGGCCGGACGCGAGAAGCAGGACAUCACCGAUUCGAAGCCGCCGUUCAAAAUUAAGGCGAACGAUCCGAUGUGGAAGAGCCUGAUCGAAAAUGUCUGCAAUAGUUUUUAUCGCAGUAACCCUUUUUAUAACGGGAUGAUUACUAGUGCCAUCGGAUGUAUUUAUCGUCUAUGUUCAAAACCGGAAAAAAUCUGUGAAGAUCUGGUGGAAAAUUUAUUUAACUCGUUACGAACAGAACUCUCUAACAAUCCAACCCUGGACGGUUACUUGAUUAUACAAAUUACGCACUUACUCGGCGAAAUUGCCGUGAAGGAGUUGAACUUUCUCGACGAAUCGGUGUAUAAGGAGCUGAAGCGGCGCAAUUACAUUCGCGAAGAGCGCAAAUGCACCACGAAAAAUAAGAAAGCGGUGAAAGUGAAACAGGUUCAGAACGCCUCCGCUUUGAAGCGUGGCAGCAGCAACGCGACGAACAACCAAAGCAGUCUCGCCGAUGACUCGACGGCCGCAGGUGACGAAAGUACGCUGGAAGGCGCACAGGCCGACGACACCGAUGCCGAAUUCAUCUUGAACGUUCUCGAGAAUAACACCGUGUCGAAGACGAGCGGACUGGGAAAGCUCGCACCGAUUAUUGUUCGCGUAUGCCAACAGUCGGACGUUUACGACGACGAGCGCGUUCAAGGCACCGCGAUCAUCGCGCUUCUUCGCUAUAUGGCGGUCUCGAGCAAAUUCUGUCAACAGCACAUGCAACUCGUGUUCACGAUCUUGGAACGGACGAAGUAUCCGAUCGUAAAAUCGAACAUCAUGAUUCACUGUUCGGAUCUAUUGGAAAGGUUUCCGAACAUCGUCGAGCCGUGGACUCCUCGUAUGUACGAAAGAUUGAGUGACCCGUGCGUCGACGUGCGAGUGAGCACGUUCUUCAUUUUGGCCAACCUGAUUCUGCGCGAUAUGCUACGAGUUCAAGGUCACAUUUCGGAAAUGGCGCGCUGCAUUGUGGACGAGGAGGAGCAACUGCGCGACAUGAGCAAAACCUUCUUUAUACAGCUGUCCCACAAGGCGAACAACUUGUACAACAUUUUACCCGACAUAUUCUCGCAUUUGUGCGAUAACGAAAACUUGGACGAGGCGAAUUUAAAGCACAUCAUGAAGUUCCUCUUUGGCCUAAUCGACAAAAAUAAGCAGAUGGAAAAUCUGGUGGAGCGGUUCUGUCCGAAGUUCCGAUUGACGGAUGACAAUCGGAAAUGUCGAAAUAUCGCCUACUGCCUCUCGCUAAUCCAGUACAAUGAGAAGGGAUUGCGAAACCUAAUCGAGGGCUUCGGCUUUUACAAAAACGCCUUGCUGAACGAGGAUGUCUACUCCGCGUUCCAGCAAAUCGUGGCCACCGGCAAUCGAUCGACCAAAAACGAAAUUAAGGCACUCGCGACCGAAUUAGAGCAGAAAAUUAGCUCCGUUUUCGACGUAGACGAGAACGGUCAACAGGUCGGUACUCCAAAUAGGCCGCCCAGGCCUGCGCAGCCGAAGUCGGCGUUCAAAAAGCCGAAGGGGAAAGCGCCGCUUAAGAGGGCUAAAAAGAAAAAGGUGGCGAGCGAUAGUGAUGACAGCGAUUCUGAGGGGAAGGAGAACGUAAGACAGACAAGACGCGCACGAGCGCCACCACGAGUUAUACGAGAUGAAGAUAGUGAUUCAGACUAGUUUUUUUGUAGAUAUAUGUUAAUUUUAUCAUUAGUCUUAUAUUUAUUGAGGUUACUACUUAUGAUGCAUAUCCUGUACCAUUUUAUAAGAAAUUUUAGAUAAUGA